CGCUGACGGACCGCUACUAGAAAUCAUUCCGACUAUCACGGAAAACGGUUCUUGGCGAUAAAGGAUUGUAGAAAUUGCUUUGGAUUUUUUUUUUUAUGCGUGGGCAGAAUAAAUCACGGUGAGCUGUACCAUACGGUUGUCACUUAGUUCAUGUUUUUAGCUAAGUUCACGAUACAAAAAUGGCAUCUCGCUCUCCAUCAUCGUCCCCGGAUUCAGCCACGGGCUCAGGUACCGACCCAGCCCGGCCCGACACCGGAGAACCACUCGGUGGAGGAUCAGACUCAGAUUCGGAUUUGGGAUUAGGGAAAUUCGACUGCGGCGCAGUUGAUGCGGGGCAUCGACUGGAAGGAGAAGACCUGGAGCAAGAGUUUGAAUCGGCAGCCGACCGUUUACGAGACCUGGUACAGACGGCUAGUCGAGACCAGUUAUUGUACCUGUACGCCAGAUACAAACAGGUUAAAAUUGGAAAGUGCAACACAGCAAAGCCUGGCUUCUUUGACUUCGAGGGCCAGAGAAAAUGGCAGGCCUGGAAGCAGCUGGGGGACAUGGGGUCAGAGGAGGCCAUGCAGGAGUACGUCACAUGCGUCAACUCAUUAGACCCACAAGGCAGCCACAAGGACAGGCGGGGUGCAGAGAGGAGGACAGGAUUCGGAGGCCCAGCCGUCAGCUCACUCUAUCAGGAGGAAAUGAUCCGGGAGGAGGAUAAGAACAUCUUUGACUACUGCAGAGAGAACAACAUGCAGAACGUGAGCACAGCCAUCAGCUCCAACAAGGUGGACGUCAACGCCAAGGAUGAAGAGGGUCGAGCUCUGCUGCAUUGGGCCUGUGACAGAGGACAUAAAGACCUAGUGUCUUUGUUACUGCAGAACAGCGCUGAUAUCAACAGCCAGGAUGAUGAGGGACAGACAGCGCUACACUAUGCGUCAGCGUGUGAGUUUGCUGAGGUGGUGGAGCUGCUCCUGCAGGCUGGGGCUGACCCUUCCAUCAGAGACCAGGAGGGCUCCCUCCCAGAGGAGGUCACCCAGUCUGGAGCCAUCUCCUCGCUGCUGCGCCAGCACACCGCCCCCAAGGGCUAGCAGGCCCCGUCACAACAGCCCACCUCCCCCAGCCCCAGCCGGGACCCCCCCCCCCUGUCUCCCCCCAGCCUGGACCCCCCCAGCCU